CUGAGCACCUGUCACCAGUGACUCUGGCACCAUGAAGGUUGUGAUAGUGUUGAUUCUGACUCUGCUCUCCGUGGCGGCUGCCCAGAAUGAUGACUGCGGAGAUGGCUUUUCUCUGGUGGGAUCUGCUUGCUACAAGAUUCCCGAUGAACUUCUUGGGUGGUACGAUGCCAUGGAUCACUGCAGAAAUCUAGUCCAUUCAAAUGGUAUGAAGGCGGCGUUGGCACGAGUGGAAACGUGCAGCCAGCUUCAUUCACUCUGGGAGUUCAUUAAAGGUGGAUAUCCAAUUGUCGACUACUGGCUUGGCGGGACCACCACCAUGGAUCCUUCAGGUGCCUUUAGGUGGGACUCGACUGGAGAAUUGGUGCCGAUGGGCGUGCCCUUCUGGUUUCCGGGUCAGCCCGACUUUCCAUCUACACAAGAGACAGGUCUCUCUCUUUCCAAGACCGGUUACUUCGCUGAUGAAGAAGCACAUAUUAAGCAAAAAUUCAUAUGUCAGCUGUUGUAGGUGGCCUCAUGAUUCAAAUUAAAGGAAUGACGUUGA